UUUUCUUGUGUGGAAAAAAAAAGUUAGAAUUGGAAAACCAACCUCCUCCAUGUUUUCUUGUGUGGAAAGAUAGAUAGAUCAUAGAAAGUCAAGUCAUUCCCUUUUUAUAAUCAACAGUCUACUCACACCCCUGAUAUCUCCACCACAAAACCACACGACGGAACAACCACUAAACACCAUGGCGGUCGGAAAGGACACGGCGGAGGAGGUGGCGGUGGAGAUGAUCAAGCCUCGAAACGACACCAGAAACUACAAACGAAUAAUCCUCCCUAACUCUCUCCAAGUUCUCCUCAUCAGUGAUCCUGAUACAGAUAAGUGUGCUGCAUCGAUGAACGUUGGCGUCGGUUCGUUUAGCGAUCCGGAUGGUCUCGAAGGCAUUGCUCAUUUUCUAGAGCAUAUGUUGUUCUAUGCAAGUGAGAAGUAUCCUUUGGAGGAUAGUUAUUCUACAUACAUAUCAGAGAAUGGAGGUCGUACCAACGCGUAUACAUCCUCUGAGCACACCAACUAUUUCUUUGAUGUUAAUGCUGACGGUUUUGAUGAGGCUUUGGAUAGAUUUGCACAGUUCUUUAUCAAACCACUGAUGUCAUCUGAUGCAACUACAAGGGAAAUAAAAGCUGUUGACUCUGAGCAUCAGAAGAAUUUACUCUCUGAUGCAUGGAGAAUAAAUCAGCUGCAAAAACAUCUUAGUGCAGAAGGUCACCCAUACCACAAGUUCAGUACAGGGAGCUGGGAUACACUUGAGGUAAGGCCAAAGGCAAGAGGGAUACAUACAAGGGAUGAGCUCCUCAAAUUCUACAAAGAAAAUUACUCAGCUAACAUCAUGAAUUUAGUUGUGUAUGCAAAAGAGAGCCUCGAUAAAAUUGAAAGCAGUGUACUUAGCAAGUUCCAAGAAAUAAGAAAUAUUGACCGCAGUAAACUUAGUUUCCCUGGUCAACCAUGCUCUGACCAUCUUCAGGUUAUUGUUAAAACCGUUCCUAUUAAACGGAGUCACAAGCUGAGAGUUACAUGGCCAAUCACACCUGGCAUUCAUCAUUACAUGGAAGGACCAAGCAGGUAUCUUGGUCACUUAAUUGGUCACGAAGGAGAAGGAUCCCUCUUCUAUAUCUUGAAAAAGUUGGGUUGGGCAAGUAGUUUAUCAGCUGGUGAAUCUGACUGGACUCUGGAUUUCUCGUUCUUUAAAGUGGUUAUUGAUUUAACUGAUGCUGGUCAUGAAAAUGUUGAGCAUAUCGUUGGACUUCUAUUCAAAUACAUUUUGCUCUUGCAGCAGUCCGGUGUUAGCAAGUGGAUCUUUGAUGAGCUUUCAGCAAUCUGCGAGACAACUUUUCAUUAUCAGGAUAAAACUCCUCCAAUUGAUUAUGUGGUUAAAUGUUCAUCAAACAUGCAGUUAUAUCCCGCGAGAGACUGGCUAGUUGGGUCAUCUUUACCUUCAAACUUCACUCCAACUGUUAUUCAGUCUAUGCUAAAUGAGCUCACACCAAACAAUGUCAGAAUUUUUUGGGAGUCAACAAACUUUGAAGGACACACUGACCAGACUGAGCCGUGGUAUGGAACUGCAUAUUCUGUUGAAAAAAUCACGGGUUCCAUCAUUCAGGAAUGGAUGGAUAAAGCUCCCAAUGAAAAGCUACAUUUGCCUAGCCCUAAUGUGUUUAUACCUACUGAUUUGUCAAUAAAGAAUGUCCAAGAGAAGGUGGAUGUCCCGGUUAUGCUAAGGAAAUCAUCAUAUUCAAGGCUAUGGUACAAGCCUGAUACAACAUUUUCCACACCUAAAGCUUAUGUUAAGCUAGAUUUCUACUGUCCAUUUGGUGGCAACUCGCCUGAAGCAAAUGUUCUUACUGACAUUUCAACACGGUUAUUAAUGGAUUACUUAAAUGAAUAUGCUUACGACGCUCAGGUUGCCGGUCUUUAUUAUGCCAUUUCUCACACAGAUAGUGGUUUUCAGGUGACUGUGACGGGAUAUAGUCACAAGUUGAAGAUCUUACUUGAGACAGUAAUUGAGAAAAUUACAACUUUUGAAGUUAAACCUGACAGGUUCUAUGUGAUCAAGGAAUUGGUCGCAAAACAAUAUGAAAAUUUCAAGUUUCAACAACCAUAUCAGCAGGCUAUGUAUUACUGUUCGUUACUUCUAAAAGAUCUGUCAUGGCCAUGGAAUGAUGAGCUGGAAGUUCUUUCUGUUCUUAAACCUGAAGAUUUAUCAAGAUAUUAUCCUCAAAUUAUGUCAAGGACAUUCAUAGAGUGCUAUGCAGCAGGGAAUAUUGAACCAACUGAGGCCGAGUCUAUGAUUCAACAUGUUGAAAAUGUGCUUUUUAAGGGUCCCAAACCUUUAUCUCAACCUCUAUUCCCAUCUCAACAACUGGCAAAUAGAAUUGUUAAUCUUGAAAAGGGCGUUAAGUAUUGCUAUACCAAAGAAGGUCUGAAUCCAAGCGAUGAUAAUUCAGCUCUUCUUCACUACAUUCAGGUACAUCAAGAUGAUUUUAAGUUGAAUAUCAAACUUCAGCUUGUUGCUCUCAUUGCUAAACAACCAGCUUUCCACCAACUUAGAUCAGUUGAGCAACUUGGUUACAUCACCGUGCUUAUGCAGAGGAAUGACUCUGGCAUCCGUGGCGUGCAGUUCAUCAUACAAUCUACAGUAAAGGGCCCUAAACAUAUCGACUCAAGGGUUCAAGCAUUUCUUAAGAUGUUUGAGAGUAAACUGUACGAGAUGCCUGACAAUGAAUUCAAGAGUAAUGUUAAUGCAUUGAUCGAGAUGAAGCUUGAGAAACACAAGAACUUGAGAGAAGAAUCUAGCUACUUUUGGCGGGAAAUCCAGGAUGGCACCCUUAAAUUUGAUAGGAAAGAAUACGAGGUUGCUGCACUAAAGCAGCUGACAAAGGCAGAACUGAUCGAAUUUUUUGACCAACAUAUAAAAGCGGGCGCCCCACAAAAGAAGGCACUGAGUGUGCAAGUAUAUGCAACUACACAUUCAACAGAGAACACAUCGGACGAAGGUGACAGCAACAUGGUUAAUAUUGACGAUGUUUUCGGUUUCAGGAGAUCAAGACCUCUCUAUGGGUCAUUUAAAGGAGGAAUUGGUCAUGUGAAGCUGUGAGAUUUUUGUUCGCAGAAGAUCUUGUGUUUACAAGAGAACUUGCUGUUUGAAACCGUCUUUUAACUUUUGAGGAUUAAUAUUUAUAUUUUAUUUGCGUCAUCUUUGUAUUCUUGUUAACUUUAACGAGAGAUUUAUUUAUGUAAAUUUGUAUUUAACAUGGAAGAAA